ACAUUGAUUUUGACUGUGAUAUUUCACAUAGCUGACAGUUUGACAAACUUUAUUUAGCAUAUAUAUUUUAUUUCAGGGGUUAUGUUACGAAACCAACAUUAUUAAUGAACUACAAUUGCUUUAUAAACAAGAUAUUUUCAAGAACAUACUAUGAGAAUACGAAGACCAAGAUAUCUGACUAACGGGCAAAUAGUUUUAGUAACUGUUUUAGGAGUAUUUGGUGGAAUAUAUAUUUGGCAACCACUGAUUACAGAAUAUUUCAUAAAAAAUAAUAAAGGUAUUCAAACACCCUCAAAGGAAACCCCAAGUACCGAGAAAAUGAAUCCAGUAUCACGUUGGGUUAGUAAGUCCAACUUACCCUCUAAACUCUUUAUGGGUCUUGCAGUUGCAGGAAUAGUCGUUGUAAUCAAUAAGAUGUGGAUUAAACCGCAUGUUACAAGAAAGAGAUAUAAACAAGCAGAAGCUUGGGCCCAAACGGUUAUUGAAAAGGAGGAAAGGGAAUUAAGUGGAGAAUAGUGCUUUAAAUUUAAUUGUAGUUCAUAGUAUGUAUCAAUUCCUAAAAUAAAUUAAGAUUUAACAUUGAA